UGCCCUUGUUUGGCCGCACGGCCUCGGGGGUGGAGAGCCGGGGAGGUGGGGGCGGUGCCGUCCGCGUCAGCGGCGCCCGUGGUGACGGCGACGUGCGGCUCGCGCCACUGCUGCCCGCGGACGCCGAGGACCCCCGGAGCUCAUGGCCCAGGCGAAGAUCAGCGCCAAGGCCCACGAGGGCCGCUUCUGCCGCUCGUCUUCCAUGGCCGACCGCUCCAGCCGCCUGCUGGAGAGCCUGGACCAGCUGGAGCUCAGGGUGGAAGCUUUGAGAGACGCAGCUACUGCUGUUGAACAGGAGAAAGAAAUCCUUCUGGAGAUGAUCCACAGUAUCCAGAACAGCCAGGACAUGAGGCAGAUUAGCGACGGAGAAAGAGAGGAACUAAACCUGACUGCCAACCGUCUGAUGGGCCGGACCCUCACGGUUGAGGUCUCGGUGGAAACGAUCCGAAACCCCCAGCAGGAGGAAUCCUUGAAGCAUGCCACGAGGAUUAUAGACGAGGUGGUCAGCAAGUUCCUAGAUGACCUGGGGAAUGCCAAGAGCCACUUAAUGUCACUUUAUAGUGCCUGCUCAUCGGAGGUGCCACCUGGGCCGGUGGACCAGAAGUUUCAAUCGAUAGUCAUCGGUUGCGCUCUUGAGGAUCAGAAGAAAAUCAAGAGGCGAUUGGAGACUCUGCUGAGAAACAUUGACAACUCUGACAAGGCCAUUAAACUCCUAGAGCACGCUAAAGGAGCUGGCUCCAAAAGCCUGCAGAACACUGACGGCAAAUUUAAUUAGCCUUCAAAUCCACCGGCCCUUACAAAAGAUGUAGAAAAGAAAAUUACUAUUUUCAAUAGCUAGGUCUCUAUGUUAGGCAUAACCACUUAGUUGAUAUUGGUAGUUAUUGCAGAUGGGGAAGUAUUCCAGUGUUGGCAGACACAGGUAACACUUAACACUAGGAAUAUUUCAGUCACCUACUUUGAAGUUUUGGACAGUGUUCCCGUCUUGAACUGGACUCUAGCACUGUAUAUUUAACUUCUGAAGAUGCACACUUAGUGUGUGGGGGGGAGUAAAAAAGUGGGGGGGGGGAGCGGCAAAAGUCCCACUGCCCUUUCCUUGACUUCAGCACAGAGCACCCAGCCCCUGGAGCAGUGCACUCACACCGCAGUGUGAAAAGAACACCCAGCCCUGGAGUGGUGCAUUCACACCAGUGUGACCAAAGCACUCAGCCCCUGGAACAGUGUACUCACAGCACAGUGUGAACAGAGCACCCAGCCCUUGGAGAGGUGUACUCACACCAGUGUGAACAGAUCACUUAGCCCUUGAGCAGUGUACUCACAGCACACAGUGUACCGAGAAGGAUAAACAUAUCAGAACUUCACCCUGCAUGUUCUCCAUGUUUCGGGCAUCUGUUUUCUCUAUGCAUAUGCAUCUCAUACCAUGAAUUUUUAGGUGUGUGUGUAAGCAUGACAAAUGUGAGGGGCCCACCUUCAUUUUACCACUGUGAAGCUUCGCCCCCCACCCUGUGUCCUGCAGGGCACCCCUCCAGGGCCAGUGCUGACCACUCUCUUCAUGUGCUGCCUUGAGCUCACGCGUGUGCGGCCGGAGCACUUGCCCAACCACUUCCCUGUGGGCAGUUGGAUGGUUUUGUUGCUGUGACUAGAACAUACUUGUAUCUGCUGA